AUGCCUGCCCCCUCCUGGACAGAUCCAGCCAGCCAAGAGCAAGGCAGCUGGCCAGGGAAGAAGGUGAAGGAAACAGCAUGGCAAAGCUCAGGAGCAGAGCCCAGAUGCAGCCUGAUUCAGUGGUGCAUGGGCUGCCAGACUCACAGGGCGCUCAGGGGAGGGAAGUUCUGGAAAGUUCUUACAGCUCUGACCGCAGGAUUGGUUAUAUCCAUGCUCUGUGAAGUUGAUGACCACACCAUUUCUCUCUCCAGCCCCUGCUCCAGGGCAUCUUGUAAGUCAUAUGGGCUGGCCAGCUCUGUGUGGAUGCGUAACUCAGUUGAAGACAGUGCCAUGAUGAACUUGUCUUGGGAGAAGGCAGUGCAGGAGGACUGGACGUUUUUCAGCACCAGUCUGUACUUCAUCUCUACUGGAGAGAAGAACUGGCAUGAGAGCAGGCAGGCCUGCAGAGGAAGAGGAGCAGACCUGGUGAUCAUAAACAGCAGAGAAGAACAGGAGUUCAUCCUCAAAAAUCUGGGCAGCAUUCGAGCUUGGAUUGGUCUGACUGACAGUGACACAGAGGGAGUCUGGAAAUGGGUGGAUGGAUCAGCUCUGACCACUGGGUUCUGGGCUCAAGGAGAACCAAAUGAUGAUCAGAAUAAUGAGGACUGUGCUGAGAUUGUGAAUUUGCCAAAUAGGAAGGGCUGGAAUGACAUGCCAUGCUCUUACAAAGAAGGGUGGAUCUGUGAGAAAAGUGUUUUAGUGGUAAACUGAUACUUAGUUAUAAAAUGAUACCAACCCUGAUCCUGGAGGUCGACCUUCCUGUGGACUGUAGUUUAAUCACAGUCUGUCACACCUGCUCCCACUAAUGAACUUCUUCAGAAGUCCUUGAUUGGCUGGAUCAGAUGCAGUAGUGUUGGGUAAUGGGCGCAGCAUCAGAUGUAGGUUAUAACUAAACUCUGCAGGAAAGUAGAUCUUCAGGAGGAGAGCUGUGGUCACUGAUUUACAUUUACAGCAUUUAGCAGAUCCAGAAUGACUUACAAAAGUGCUUCACUGUCCACUCAGAUAAUGUAUCUUAGCUUUACUAUGUUAAGAGUCUAAACACACAGUCACUGUUUCUUAGUGUCUAUAAAUGUAUUCUCAGGGUGAACUCAGUCAAAGUGAAAGGUCACAUGAUUGUAUUAACAUUUGAGAAGUCUGAGAUCCAUCAGGGGGCAGUAGGUCAGUUAUGAUCAUGUGAUCCUCUAUUGCAG